AUGUCCGUAUACAAUUUCACUGAGUCUAACAUCGUCCUCAUCAGUUCUGAUGAAAAGCAUCACAGCCGUUCGCUCACCGCUCUCGCAAUUGAUUGGACGGUGAGUUGCAUGCGGCAGAGGGUGCGCGUGGGAGAAAAACAGCAGGUUGAGGAAUCGGUGGUGAAGAAAGGAAGUUAUGUGUCGCGUUCUGAGGCCGGCAGGCCAAAAAUAAAAGCCGCUUUCUUGUCCCCCAACACAUCAUAUCGUUUGGCCCUGUUUUUCUUUGUCCCCCUCUUAAUCUCACUACAUGCAUUGCUCCCUACGUAA